AUGGCAUCGUGCAGUCGUCACAUCUGGGAUGGUGAAUUUUUCCUUUUGUUGACAGCUGCUGGAAUGGAAGAAGUAAAACAAGAGGUGGACGAUAUCUCACUGGAGUUCGUUAAGACCUUAAUCCAAAAGGACAUUGGAGAAGAUGAGAUUGAGGUCAAGAACUUCCGCACGGAACGAGCGACAGAAGCCGGUGACAAUUUCUCUACUGUCAUCUAUCGGAUUACGGCCAAUUACAACAAGGACCCAAAGAUAGAAAAGACAUGCGAAGCUGUGUACAUUGGGAAGUUCCUCCCUGUCCAGCCAAAGCAACGGGAGUUAGUGCAGCAGAUAAUGACGUUCGAUAGGGAGGUAGUCGUCUACAAUGACCUCAUCCCCGCCAUGGUAAAUUUGCAGAAGGAGAAGCUUGGACGAGAUAGCAUUCUAGUCCCAAAUGUACCACAAUGCAUUUACGCCAAUGGAAAAUCUACGCCGAUCGCUGCAGUCAUCAUGGAAGACUUGUUUAGGAAAGGAUUCCGAUUGGCCGAUAAGUACCAGGGUCUUCAGCCUGAUGAAGUUCGCCUCUUGAUGGAGGCUUAUGGACGAUACCACGGUUUGGGUGUGUUCGUCGACCGACAUUCCGACUUCAGUUCCAGGCCCAUAUUCAGAGAUAAUCCUUUCGAAACGAUCCCAGAAUUCCACGACAUGAUGAGGAGCUGUCUCAACAGCGUGUGCAAGGUCCUCGAGGAAAUACCCGGACAAGAAGAGAACGCUAGAAAGAUGAAGGACUACGUCGUUAAGGUUGAUGGGGGAAGAGAACGAUUAUUCGAAUUCAUCGGGAGAAAAGGUAAAUUACUCACCUUUCUCCAUGGAGAUUGCUGGUGCAAUAACAUGAUGUUUCGAUACGACCCAGACACGGGAGCACCAGUGGAGAUCAAGAUCUUUGAUCUUCAGAUCGUAGCCUAUGGCAAUCCUUGUCGCGACCUCAUGCAUGUUUUCUACUCCAGCACGUCCAAAGAGACUCGAAAGCAGAAAUCCGCUUUCUUAAAGCUCUAUCACGACACCCUCAUAAGUACCACAAACAAUCUUGGUGUAGUCCUCAGUUACUCUUAUGAAGAUUUCCUGAAGGAAAUCGAGGAUCACGAAGAAUUUGGUUUUCUAGUGGCCAUGUUUAUAAUCCCCGUCAUCCUCGCCGAGAAAGAGGACAUACCCGACUAUACGAAAACAGACUUGGACGUGGACGAAUUCAUCAGGUUGAGGGAACAGCAGCUCUUUACCCGGGGAAGUUCGGUCAUCAAGCAACGCCUUGUCGACAUUGUGGAACGCAUGGUUGAAAUUGGUGUGUUUUGA